UCCAUCACCCCCAAGCACUUACGAUCAGGCCUGUCCCGUCACCACCACCACCACCACCAUCAGCUGUGGCUCUGAAGCAGUGGGUCAAAAACACACCGACACUGGAGCUGUGAACCUACCGACGGGGGCUCCCGGUUAAAGCACUUGAACCAGCGCAGUGUUAUCACCGAUCUGCCUGAACCGUUGGACCCACUCACCCACUGCAGCAGCCGUCCGCCGAACAGAAACAUGGUGCAAAAUAAAACCACAGAACUCACUGGAUUCCAUCGCUCUUUCAAGGGCCAAAAUCCCUUUGAGUCAGAUGACUUCACUAAAAAUGGUUCUCAUCUUGAUCCAUCAUUCAAUUUCGAUUCCCCCCCAAGAAAUGACAUACCCUCGAGUCAGCCCAUCGACAUCCCGGACGCCAAGAAGAGGAACAAGAAGAAGAAGCGUUGCCGAGCAACGGACAGUUUCUCCGGGCGCUUUGAGGAUGUGUACGGGCUCCAGGAAGAGAUCCUGGGAGAGGGCGCGUAUGCACGGGUGCAGACCUGCAUCAACCUGAUCACCAAUAAAGAAUAUGCAGUCAAGAUCAUCGAGAAGCGUCCAGGACACAGCCGGAGCCGGGUGUUCCGUGAGGUGGAGAUGCUGUACCAGUGUCAGGGGCACCGAAACAUCCUGGAGCUGGUGGAGUUCUUUGAAGAGGAAGACAAAUUCUACCUGGUGUUUGAGAAGCUGAGAGGAGGGUCUGUCCUGGCUCAGAUCCACAAGAGAAGGCACUUCAGUGAGCAGGAAGCCAGCGUUGUAGUGCAGGACAUUGCUAGCGCUCUGGAUUUCCUGCAUAACAAAGGCAUGGCCCACAGGGACCUGAAGCCAGAGAACAUCCUGUGUGAGCACGCUGAUAAGAUCUCCCCAGUCAAGAUCUGUGACUUUGACCUGGGAAGUGGAAUCAAGCUGAACAGCGACAGCUCGCCGAUCUCCACCCCGGAGCUCCUGACUCCUUGCGGCUCAGCAGAGUACAUGGCCCCAGAGGUGGUGGAGGCCUUCAGUGAGGAGGCCACCAUCUACGACAAGCGCUGUGACCUGUGGAGCCUGGGCGUGAUCCUCUACAUCAUGCUGAGCGGCUACCCGCCCUUCGUGGGGCGUUGUGGGGGUGGAUGUGGCUGGGAGCUGGGAGAGCCCUGCCACACCUGUCAGAACACCUUAUUUGAGAGCAUCCAGGAGGGAAUUUACGCGUUUCCUGAGAAGGACUGGGCUCGUAUAUCUUCAAGUGCCAAAGACCUCAUUUCCAAACUUCUGGUGCGGGAUGCCAAAAACCGCCUGAGUGCCGGCCAGGUGCUGCGGCACCCCUGGGUGCUAGGGGGAGCCUCUGACACUCUGCCUACAUCCAUCUUGCAUCAAAGGACCAGCAGAGCGCGGGGCCUGACGUUCUUCGCCGGCCAGGCCAUGGCCGUGAACCGGCAGCUAGCGGAGCAGGAUGGCAUGGAGGAGGAGGAGCAGCAGGAGGUUCCGCUGGUCAUCACAGCCAGCGGCUCCUCCAUGCCCCUCUUCCCUCCGUCCAACUCUAAACUGGGGCGCCGCAGGCAGAAGGACAGCGGGCCCCAGGCCGGGCCCCAGACGGGGCCCGUCUCCGCAGCAGAGCUCCGGCAGCUCCUGGCGCCGCUCGUCAUCAUGGGAGACUGUGCCUGACGCCCGCCGCCCUCUGAAGACCCCUGGUGUAUGAUCCUCCCCCUGAAGAGCCCCCCCUGUGGUACCUUUAGCUGUUCAGGUCUUGCUGUACAUGAGGACUGUUGCCCCUAGCUCUUCUCAAAAUGCCUUCUGCUUUUCGGCAGCACACAGAAAAAAAGCACAUCCUCCCGGGGCGAGCCCAAGGUAGAGCCAUGUUAUUAUAACAUGAACCGUGUUCUACCUGUGGGUAUAACAUGAACCAUGUUCUACCUAACACGGUUCAUGUUAUAAUAACAUGCCGUGUUCUACCUGUGGGUGGAACACGGUUCAUGUUAUAAUAACUUAAGCCGUGUUCUACCUGUGGGUGGAACACGGUUCAUGUUAUAAUAACUUAAGCCGUGUUCUACCUGUGGGUGGAACACGGUUCAUGUUAUAAUAACUUAAGCCGUGUUCUACCUGUGGGUGGAACACGGUUCAUGUUAUAAUAACAUGCCGUGUUCUACCUGUGGGUGGAACACGGUUCAUGUUAUAAUAACAUGCCGUGUUCUACCUGUGGGUGUGCGUGCCCAGCCUGCCGUGGAGGGCGGCUCCAUGUUUGGGUUGAAGUAAAGGAGGUGUUGUUUUGAGUUGGUUUUAUUUUUUUCAUACACUUCAGGAGCAAUUUAAACUAAUUUCUUUCCAACCAAGACACCAAAGGACAACCUGUUGUGCUGCUUCCACAUGUUACAACUGGAUCCACUGUGAAUUAAGUUAUCGGGAAUGUUCUCUAGCCUGUAUGUAUACGCAGAGGUGGCCCGAGUGCACAUGCAUACAGGCUUAUAUGCAAUAUGUAAGAUGAAGGCUCUUUUGUCCAGAAGGGAUUCCAUGUUAGAGCUUGAAGGGCUAUACUCCACACUGUCCCUGCCUGGUGCAGUCUGUCGGGGGCUGGCUCCUUAGUCUAUUCUUUAAUCAUAUCAAACUUCAAUUCUAGCGCUGGAAGUGUUAAGUCUUGGUGAUUUUCAUUUAAUUGACCAUGCGAAGUCUGAAUUAGUUUUCCGAGGCUGGAUGUAAAAGUUGAAGACCUAUUUUAAGCAUUUUCUUAUCGAGAAGCAGUAUGGAAAAGACGGCGUGAACGUGUCCCACUGCGCGAUGGUUUGAUGCACUGUGGGCAGAGUGGUUCCAUACCCAUGACCAGCUGUGGAAAAUCAUCUCUGUUGUGACGGUUUGAAGUCUGAUCCCAUUUGGCUGCUGGGAGCCUGAUUACUGGGGCUCAUCGAAGGCUUCCACACAGACGGUGGUGAAUAAUUGAUGCUUAAGGUAGACAUUAUCGGUGGACUUGUUUGAUCUUCGAUUGGUUAAAUGAAUGGAUGAAGCCUUGCAGAAGAAGUCAAUGGUUGAGGGCUCAAAGCGGUCUGGGGGAGUCCGUCUGUCCAGCCAGCCUCGAUGCGCUGCUGAACCAGGCAGUGCAGUCCAACUACCAGCAGUCACUCUGUCACGUACUAAACCACCAAGCAGUUUUACUUCUCUGGAAUUCCUUAAGUGUCCAUGUUUUGAUACGUUGCCAUAAACAAGACUCCUUGUGCGAUGGCCGACCGAUUACCUCGCUUUGUUUUUCUUCCUCUCCAGUUGUUGCGUAACUGCAGGUGAUGUCUGCCUGUUUGAUUCUUCUUUGUAUUCUCCUCUCCACAAACCAGUCAGUAUAGCUGUGCUUCAGACCCCCACUAGAGGCAGGAGGGAAGCUGUUUUCAGGGUCUCUUUCCGGGGUUUAGCCGUUUGUCCUUUCUGACGUUGGCGCAUCUCAAGCCUUUUGUUUAUGCCAUGGAUACUGCUUCACCGCAAAUUAUUAAAUUAAUAGGAUAUGAGGUUAUAUAUUUUUGUUGGUAUAACUAAAUUAAAAUGGAAAGACAUUCCAGGAAAAUCCAAAAGUACGAAGUCUUCCAAGGUUGUAGAGCUGUAUUGAUAAGCUUACUUUUGUUUUUCAUGUUUAGAGACUUGCUGCCACCUCCUUUGGGGUGGCCGUGAUGCUUUGUCUCCGUGGUGUUUCUCGUGCCGGUGCUGUCCAUGGUCAGGCCGUGAUGCUUUGUCUCCGUGGUGUUUCUCGUCCAGGUGCUGUCCAUGGUCAGGGCGGACACGAGUUCUUUAAUCUUCUUCAAAAUAUUUUAUUUUUUUGCGUUUGGUUUCUGAAAGGUCUGAGUUCUGGGGUCCGAGAGAACGACGAGUUGAGGUCUUCUGGAGCGCCGCAUGCCCAGGGAAGGCUUUGGAUUUUAUUUUUAUAUCCUUUUUUUGUUGUAUCUUCUUGUAUGCCAACAUGUUGGCCAUCAGUUUGUUCAGAAUAAGGUUGAUUCUUUCCGACUCGUGUCAUGGGGUUGCCAGACGCUGUGGUCAGCCACCAAAGAGGAGCCGUCAGGCUGAGAUGGGCCCUAACCCUAACCCUAUGGCCCACCUGGGAUACAUAGAACCCGUCUGUCCUUGUAUGUGGCAGCCCUGCUGUGUGCGGUUCUGUUGUGGUGUCACUGGACCCAUUGUGCUGAUAACAGGACACUGAUUGUAAUACUUUGGGGGGGGGGUCUUUGUGCAUCAUUACGGGGUGUUAUGUCUUAUAGUAAGACUUACUUGAAUUUGUGUUUGCAGUCGCAGUACUUUGCAACCAAUAAAUCUCUAAAGAAAAUGCGUUAGGGUGAUUAAGGUAAUCUAUGGGUAUACCCACACUAUUCAGUAUUUCUGCCUUUCUCUUCCCUUGAUUGAAAAGUUUCUAUCUACAUUUUCAGGUUUCUGAUUCUCAGAAAUGCACACUAGUCAGCCAUACUCCGAUAUCCUUUUUUGGUUAUGGGAGUUUUUGUUGGUCUUGACCAUUUCUACUUGGCGGUAAUUUGCAGUAACUUUGGACUGCCUUUUAUUGAGUAGAGGGUAACAUUAUCCAUUCAGCUCAUACGUGUUUAUAUAUACUUUUUUUUUUUU